AUGGGCGAACAAAAUUCAGUUUGUCAAUGCGGGAGUAUCAAUAGCAGAGAUUCGAUUUUUGAGAGGUCGGUGCAGGACCCGUUCUGUUCUGUUUUGUACAGGCUGGAUCGCGAAGGAGAGCAAGAGGAUCCCGAAUAUGACGAGACAACGUUCAAUGAACAACAAGAAGAAAACGGACAGCAGGACAGGGAUAUGCAGUCUGAGUUGGAUCCGUUGCAGGAGGAACCAUAUUCCACGAAUAAAGAGUAUGUGACCACGGAAAACGCCAUAGAUGAUGAAAUCAACGGCAGCAGCAACGGCAACGGCAACGACGAUGACAACGACUCAGAUUUCGCAGACGACGGUGUGAACCCGUUCCGGCCCACUGUCCCACGCCAAGACGUUCUAGAGUCCAGGGAAUGGUACGUGUGCCCUAAUUGCCACAGACACAGGAAGCAACGGUCCAAGUCGUUCGCUUCCAACGGAGCCCACUCGUUUUAUCCAGACGUAAAGCCAAUCUCAAGAGCGAACAGUAUCGUGCUACCGCUCUCGAAACAGUCCACUAGACAGAGCAUCGGCUCAGAUUUCUUUACCAGCCUGGACUCAGGCGACAACUAUGCCCAUUUACAACAGGCUCUAGGUGAAUCGGGUCAUCCACACUCACAUUCAAAUUCAAAUUCAAAUUCAAAUUCAAACAUAAACCAAAACCAAAACCAAGGGCAACACGUCCCGGAAGCAAACUCGCUGAGCGGGUCCAGGUCUUCAAUAAGCCUAUCUACGAACCAUAUCCCAACUCACCUUUACAGCUUGGAAAGAUACAUCAGUUCGGAACUAGAUUCGGCAACAGAAUCAUUCUUCGAUAAGUCGAAAAUGCUCGGUGACGAAGGCCAUCACCCACACGAAGCAUUUUCCUCAUCGUUCACAAAAUUAUCAUUGCAUUCGUCUCCAGACGCAUCAGAAACUACGCUACCUAAUACCCAGGAUCAAUCACAGGGCCUAAACCAAGGCCAAGGCCAAAGCCAAAGCCAUAACCAGAGCCGCAGGCAUAGUCAUAGCCAUAGUCCGUCUUCACCAACAUCACCUUUCACCCACAAACACAAGACCAACAAUGACCACUUCAGCCCCCCAUUUUUGGACGCAAGAAAACGGAAGAAGUCCUUUAUCGAACUGGCUUUAGCGGAAAGCUUUUCCUGA